AUCUUGUUUAUGCUACCCUACGUUGCUUACAAAUACAUCCAGAACAAGCGAGAAGCUGGUCGUCGUGAAAUGGAUGCCACGUUGGAUUCACUGACUUCGAAUCUGUCCCGUUCCAUAAUUCCAGACAAUGUUGUACUUCGUUUAUGCGGCGUAUCUGCAAAAGUUUCGGAGGAAUACAUGCCUGGUGUACUGAUCGUCGUUGAGAAAGCAGUUGGAGUGUUUAUUGAGUGGGUCCCCACUGAAGAAAGUGGACCGGUCUACGCACCAGACACGUCUGGAUGGGUUAUUACUGAAGACGGUGGGGAGUCCCAGAUGGUUCAUUCACCAAAUGGGUCACCAGAUCGGGUACCUGGGGAACUGAAAAGCAGUCCUGCGUUCUCUGUCGAUGUCAACGAUCUGAGUAGUUUCAGAAGUAUCGAACCAAAAAAAGGACAAGGUUAUCCAAGCGUUCAAUUGAUUUGCAAGGACGGUUCUAGCGUUGCGCCAUUAUACUUCACUUCGGAGUCAACCGUAAAUUUCAUCGAUGUUCUUCAGAGGUACAUUACGCUACGGAGGUCCGCUCGUGAGCCGAAUCUGGUGCUAGUCGUUGAUGGCAAAGCGGAGGCCUUAGCACAGAGUGUGAUCGCACUCGGACAAAAUGAUGAUGUUCUGUCGAGAUUUAUGAAGAAUCCUUAUGCAGCCGCGCUUACAGGAUUCGGAAAAAUCACUUCAUUCGUACAGGAACAGAUGAUUCCUGCCCUUCUGGAUACAGAUGCCGUCAGUCAAGAGGAGCAAAUUCGUGCCAUGCGUGAGCUUACACAACGGGAGGACGAUGCUGCAAAACUUCGAAUUAAUCUUGACGCGACAUCAGAAUUUGAGCUUGUCACUCAGCUUGAACUUCCUCCUAGGCCUGACAUCUACAGAGAAGCACCGGUGACGCAAGAUAUAUGGGACAACUUCAAAACAUCUGAUGGCACUUUUGAUCCACAAAACAUACAUCACCUAAAGAUGAACAUAUUCAGAGGAGGUUUGACCCCAGAUCUGCGCAAAGCUGUAUGGAAAUACCUUCUUGGUUAUAGAGCAUGGGAUGAAACAGAUAGCCAGUUCAAUAAGAAACGCGCAGUGCUUGCAAAGGAGUAUGAAAGAUUGAAAGCUCAGUGGCAGUCAAUAAGUCUAGAUCAGGAAUCUCGUUUCUUCAGUUACAGCAAACGGAAGGGACUUGUUGACCUCAUUGUUCUUCUAAUCCGUCUCUUACCAGUUCUCAUCGUCACAUAG